UAUCACACACACUGCAUGCUAAUGCGACCAAUUCUCAAUGAGCACUAUAACACAUCUUAAAAUUAGCUCAUUCUGGUGUCUGAGUUCAAACUGCCUGACAAGGCAACAGAGGGAACAUAUCAUCAGAAUUCCCCCUUUGGCAAUACCUGCUGAUUGGGUCCUAAAAAAAGCAAGCAGCUUUUAACUUUUAAUAUUUGGCUCCCGAGGUCUGCCACGAGUAGUCGCGAAAGAUAGAUUCUCCUUCAGUUUUUGUUUUUGGAGGAUAGAAAUAAAAAUCGAUCAGUGCAGAAUCUCUUGGGGGGGUUUUGUUUGUUUGUUUUUUGCUCUUCACUUAAAAUCUCAGUGCGCGUAUGAGCGCGCAUAUAGACUUUCUACUGGAUAAGUUUUGCGAAACUUUAAGGAUGAUAUACCAAGGAUGUUUCCUGUUGCUCUGUGGGGUUGCGCAUGUCAUGGCAAGUUAUCCCAUCUGGUGGUCACUAGCAGUGGGCCACCAGUACUCAUCACUGGGAACUCAACCUAUCCUCUGUGGCAGCAUCCCGGGUCUGGUGCCCAAGCAGCUGCGUUUCUGCCGGAACUACGUGGAAAUCAUGCCCAGUGUGGCUGAGGGGGUGAAGAUUGGCAUCCAGGAGUGCCAGCACCAGUUCAGAGGCAGACGCUGGAACUGCACCACAGUCAAUGACAAUCUGGCCAUUUUUGGGCCAGUGUUAGAUAAAGCCACUCGAGAGUCAGCAUUUGUUCAUGCUAUUGCCUCGGCGGGAGUGGCAUUUGCAGUGACCCGUGCCUGCGCUGAGGGUUCAGCCACCAUCUGCGGAUGUGACACACGCCACAAGGGCCCCCCUGGUGAGGGAUGGAAGUGGGGUGGCUGCAGCGAGGAUGUGGAGUUUGGGAGCAUGGUGUCCCGGGAGUUUGCUGACGCGAGGGAGAAUCGCCCUGAUGCACGCUCAGCCAUGAACCGCCAUAACAAUGAGGCAGGAAGAAUGUCCCUCAACGACAACAUGUUCCUGAAGUGUAAGUGCCAUGGGCUCUCAGGCAGCUGCGAGGUCAAGACGUGCUGGUGGUCUCAGCCUGACUUCCGGGUUAUUGGUGACUACAUGAAGGAUAAGUAUGACAGCGCAUCGGAGAUGGUGGUGGAGAAACAUAAGGAGUCCCGCGGAUGGGUGGAGACCCUGAGACCCAAGUACAACUACUUCAAACCCCCCACAGAGCGCGACCUGGUUUAUUAUGAAAGCUCACCCAAUUUCUGUGACCCCAAUCCCGAAACCGGCUCCUUUGGCACCCGUGAUCGCAUCUGCAACCUGACGUCCCAUGGCAUAGAUGGGUGCGACCUCCUCUGCUGUGGCAGAGGUCAUAACACCAGGACUGAGAAGAGAAAGGAGAAGUGUCACUGUAUUUUCCACUGGUGCUGCUAUGUCAGCUGUCAGGAGUGUGUUAGAGUUUAUGAUGUGCACACCUGCAAAUAAAGAAGUCUGGAUCUUGUCUUUUCUCACCAAAAUUUAAAGACUUCAGUAGGCAGAAGAAACACAGCAACUUAUCUACAAGACACGAGAGUCUGUGAAGCUGCAUGACCUGUCCCUAGACUCCAGCAGCAGACACAACAGCCAUGUCUUUUAAGCUGUGAUGCUAAAAAGAGCCAGUCUCUGCCUUAAUCAACUGAAACGGUUGAGUAGAUGUUGGCAUCACAAACUAUCAUCCGUAUGAACCGUGAUUAUGGUGAUGAUGACAACAAUGUUGAUAUCUCUAGUGAUGACGAAAGAGUUUUCAUGUACUGACGUAGGAAAGGAGAACUGUUAAUUGACAAACACCAUAUUGGUGAUUUUUUUUUUCUGUGUUUCCAAGUAGUUACUUUUUUUGAGAAUAGUACAGCACUGCCAAUGCUUUCAAGUCUAUGGGGCAAACAAUGAAAAUGUCACAUUUACUUCCAUGUUUAAUCAUCACUUGUUUUUGCAACAAAAAGUGACAACAUUUAUGAGCAAUUUACAAGAUCAGACACUCAACAGCAUGCAUUCUCCUCCUCAACAUUAUAAGUAUGUAUGUGUAUAUCUGAAAACUAACAUUAUCGUUGCGUGAAUGAGUUUUUUAUAUAGUGUUAAUAUGUUACUGAUGUUUGGGUAAGAAUGCACUUGCACCUGAGUGAAUGUAGUUAUUAUGCUGCAUAAUUUAUUAUGCUAUGUGUUUACAUAUUCUCAAAUUCUUAAGCUAACAAGUUAAUAUCUGCUUUAAAUGAUUAAUUUUAUCUUGAGAGUAGACACGAGCCACAUCAACUUAACAUCAGGCAAAACAAGAAUAUACACGGUCUGCACAUUUCCUGAAACACCUGAAAACACUGGAAGCUUUUUCUUAAGAGUAACAAUGCUUUGAACAACAUUGAGAGUUAUGACCAAAGACAAGAAAAGAAACCUCCCUGUAAGUCUGCGGUGGUAAGCAAGCUGUAAAUGAAUCUAAAAGGUCAGCACUUGUGUCUCGUUGAGAAAUAUGAAGCAUGUUCUCCUUGUUUUUAUCAGUAUUAGUAAUGUCUCAUGUGACUGGGUAUGGGGAAAACUGUUAUUUAUAAAAGGGAUAGUCCCACUAUAUUUUUGUUUCAUUUACACACAUGUAAUAUUCUUUUAUUUUGAUAUUUGAUUACAUAGAGGCAAAUUCUGUACUCCCUGGUAAAAUAAAACACAACUGGCAAACAAACCACAAACUAAGCUGUAUCAUAUAAGCUCUGUAUAAUGCAGUAUAAUUUGCAGUUGUUGUAAAAUGAUGACCAAAACCUGUGCAUGUGAUGAUUUUCAGCUGUGGCUUCUUGUUCCCCAAACUAAACAAGCAGCAUCACUGAAACUAUCAAUACUUCCCUUAUUUUAAUGCUGCUAAGUAAAGAUAAUAUUUGUGUGUGUCUGUGUAUGUGUGCGUGUGUUUAGGUCCUUACAUACAGUACGUCUUUAUCUAUUUGUUUGUAUAUGUAUAUUCUUGCAUGUAUUGAUUCUUUCUGUGAAAGAAAUCUAUUAUAUGUAGUUUGGAAAAAAAUGUGAAGUUUUGACUAAUUCUUGCAUACAGUAAUUCCCAUUUUAACCAAAUAGACCAAAAUAGAGUUUAUGUUAUUAUAGUUGCCUAUGGUUUUGUAGUCAUGCUAAACAUCAGGGCAAACAUGAUUCACGUUGCUCUCCCUUAAUUUGAGAAGACAUUUUUAAAAGUAUUUAUUUAUUUGGAAAGUGAAAAACUACUGAAAGCUGAGACAUGAUGUCUAAACAAGUAACACAAUGUUUAUGAAAAAAUGUGCAUGCCAUUUCACUGAUAGCCUCAACUAUGGAGAUGUGUAAAGUCACUGAUGAAUUAUUGUUUACAGCCUAUGUAAUGCUAUGUCUCAGGCAUGUAUAGUUCUCAGAUUUUAAUCAAAAUUGCCCACCCAUGAUUACUUUUCAUCCUGACUGAAAUUAUUAAUGAACAGCCAUAACAAGUUUCGCAUUUUAAGUCAUCUUAAUUAACUACACAGCAACCAUUAUCCAUACAAGAUCUGUUAUCUUGCAUUUAUUACUGUACACUUUAUAUGUGAUUGAUUGCUUGUGUGGACAAUUUGCUUAUGUUCUAAUUUUUCUUUAAAUCCAAAGUUUUGUACAAACUAGGUUUUUUUUUGCGUUUUUAUGAAUUUCUAAAAUUGUAUGUUUUUUUAUAAUUAUUUAUUUCAUUCUAUGUACAUAUUAGUAAGUAAAAGUAUAUAUUUGCAGAAAUACAUUUUUUUAAAACAGUGUUGUGACUUGUAAACACUGUAGCCUUUUUACCUCAUCUCUGUUUUUCACUGACUGCACACAGGUAUCGUUCGUCCUACUGCCUGUAGUAGAUUUCUAAAGUUAACUCUGUAA